ACCUGAUGAUGCACAUUCAUGCAGACGUGUUCUCUGAACUGCGCUCUGUUUUUUAUGCUGCUUGUGUAGUCUUGGGGCUGCAAUUUCUGCAUGACCAUAAAAUAGUAUACAGGGAUUUGAAGCUAGAUAACCUUUUGCUGGAUACUGAGGGAUAUGUCAAGAUUGCAGAUUUUGGUCUCUGCAAAGAAGGAAUGGGCUUCAGAGAUCGCACUAGUACGUUCUGUGGCACUCCUGAGUUCUUAGCACCAGAAGUUUUAACUGAGACGUCGUACACAAGAGCGGUGGACUGGUGGGGUCUGGGAGUUCUCAUCUUUGAGAUGUUGGUUGGAGAGGUAUGAUAGAUGGAUGGAUACUUGAUUGAU